AUGGGGCAGGGGACGCAAUUAGGAGAGACGGGUAGAAGGGGGGAGUUUGUUGAUGUUGUUGAUGUUGAUGAUGAAGACGAAGAGGAUGAUGAUCGAGUUAAUGGGAAAAGCGCGACAGACGUGUACACGCAAAUCCUGCAGCACAUGACCAAGACCUCUUCUGACGUGAUACCAGAUUUAUUCACCCUCGACUUGGACAACCUCUUACCCGAAGAAGAUGAAUGCAGAUGUGCGCGGUGCGGAUGGUGGUUUGACGCUAUGCGUCGGAAAUAUGCGUACGUCUUCUUCUGCGCGAGGUUCACCCAGGAUGAAGAGGAUUUCCGCUUCUUUCCUUCACGCGGGGUUGAGUGGAAUACUCAACAGGGCCGCGAGCCGCUGGAGUCUGAUAGUCUUGUGUUUUCGGAGGAUAGCGAAAGCAUAGAUGGAGAGUCUGAGAUUGCGUCUCUCUUUGAUUCGGGGUUGGUGAUCUGUCUUGGAUGUGAUGAGCCGCUGGGCGUAUCCACGGCCAAUAACCGCGUCCAUGUCCGGAUUGGAAGAUAUGAUAAUAGGGAGGAGACGGUUUUCACGAUUAGUCAUGAAAUUUGGCAUAGAGCAAAGGAAUGUCUCCGAGUGUGCCGGGAUGAACACGACAGAUGCAGAUAUCGCAGUGAAUCCACGCAAGCAAGCGGGUUCAAGCCCACCCGACUGAUCGAUACCGGUCAAGACGACGACGGCCCCCCUCGACUCGUGCGCGGCCCAUCUCUAACUGCGGAAGAUAUCAAAACCGGCUAUGUGGCCUUGAACUACUGCUGGGGGGGCGACAAUGAACAAAAGACCACCACGCAGAACAUCGAGACUCGAUACGAGGACGACUUUCCCCUGAAGAGUCAACCCGCAACAAUCCAAGACGCGAUCACAGUAAUAACGAAAAUGGGUUUCUGUUAUCUCUGGAUCGAUAACCGACACAUGCGCAGAGCUCCUCAUCUCCUCAUCUCCGUAUCCCGCGCGUCCACGGCCGCCGGCGGAUUUCUCCAACAUAUCAUUGCCGAAGAAGUCGAAGAGACAGAAAUCAAGCUCUCGAUCCCGUUCAAACACACCUACCAAGCAGGAACAGGGCGAAUCGUCCUCGUGAAAUGGUUCCCCUCGCGCGCGGACCUAACGCCAGAACCAAUCCACUCCCGCGCCUGACAUUGCAAGAACACCUCUUAGAGUCCUAGCCAAGCGGAUCCUAGCCUUCGGUAAGACGGGGCUGGCAUCGCAGUGUCUGCGGGACUCUGCUUACGGCGCUGUAACGAAGAGCGCUUACACGGAUAAGACGCAGAUUCUGUCUAGUCCGUCGAAUAUGACCUGUCGGAAUAUGGUGGUUGUAGUAGAUAAAAAGGGGAGGAAUACGGCGCAUCGGGGCAACCCGUUUAGAUAUAAGACGGCCCACAAGGAGUGAGAUAGGUUGCUAAAUAAUUUCUGCUUAAGGCGGUUCUAGGCCAGAUCCUUGGUGCACUUUUGCGGCAUCGAAUAAGAUCGAUUGCUAGAUGCUACCUUGUGAUCUAUUCAAUAUUUCAGGCCAAGGCUACCACCCUACUAAGGACAUGUUCUAGCCGGCGCCCAGGGGCAUGCGCUUCAGGGGCGUGUCGCAACUUUUCACCCAUUGUAUAGACGUGUCGCAACUUGCCACCCAUUGUAUAAAUGUGGGUGAGACUUAAACAGCUGGCCCGUGCUCUGACAUUUUAUUAGAUGAAGUGGAUAAUAGGUAGCAGAAGAAGGGUUGUAUUAAGGAUGAAGAGAGAAAAAGCUGGGACCCAGAGGUCCAGGGGGUAGCUAGGCGAGGCGAUGAGCAGAAAAGUCGUCAGUCCCAACGACGCCACCAGAUCAACCACUAGAACAACUAUGAAAAUAACUAUUAAA